AUGGAUAAUUCUGAGCAAGGUACCGAAAACGAGAGCUGCGGCCAGCGUGAGGACCAGCGUGAGAACCAGCGUCAGGGCCAGCGUGAGGAUCAGCGUGAGGAUCAGCGUGAGGACCAGCGUGAGGACCAGCUUGAGAACCAGCGUGAGAGCCAGCGUGAGAGCCAGCGUGAGAGCCAGCGUGAGAGCCAGCGUGAGGAUCAGCGUGAGGACCAGCGUGAGGAUCAGCGUGAGGACCAGCGUGAGGACCAGCGUGAGAGCCAGCGUGAGAACCAGCGUCAGGACCAGCAUCAGGUCCUGCGUCAGGUCCUGCGUCAGGCCCGGCGUCGGGUCCUGUGUCGGGUCCUGCGUCACGCCCAUGAACGGCGCAAUGCGCUUGAUACUAUCAGAAGCUCGUCGCUGCCUGUUCCUUCGCCAGCCACUUGGCCGCCUGCAACGACAUGUCCCCCUCUUACCGAAAACGAAGGCUGCGACCAGCGUCAAGUCCAUGAAUAG